UAAGGCCACUCUGAGGGCGUAAAUUACCAACAGGAUUGCAGGACCUGCUGUAGGUUGUCAACUGGCUUAAAAAGAGCAACGUCACAUGGAAAAUAGUUCUUCAAAACAUUUAUGACCUCUCUCGAAAAGGUACAUAGUUGUCGAUAGGUUCUGUAGAUGGUUGAUGAACUUUGAUACAAACUAUUACUUUCUUCAGAAGAGUGCAAGAUGUCAAAUGACGCGGCUGUGAAAUGAAAUGAAAGGGGAAGUGAAACUUAUAGCUCUCCAAAACAGCGAAGAUAAAACAGAAAGGGCAUUUUAAAGUUACUACACAACAGAAGUACCCCGCUACACCUCCUGGCCUGUGCAGCAUGACAUCAUCAGACUACCAAUACUUCAUCAUAACAGAAAACACGGAAUAUUAUCCUGUCAAACCCGGCCGCCUAUUUUACAUCCUUAAAUCUAAGUAUAAUGAACAACCUCAAAAACGUGGCUCUCACUCAAAGUUGAAAGUUAUUUCCCUCCAUGGCCAAUAUUUAGAUUAUGACGUAGACCAGAGGUGCAUGAGUACACUGAGCGCAGAGGAGGCAGGGUUUCUGCUGGCAGUGUCUGAUGACACGGAGAGGCUGAAGUGGUUCAGACAGAAAGAUGCUCUAAAAACAGCACAAGGACUCACUAUGGGCACAAGAGUUAUUGUGGAGGAGGAAGGAAAGGAGUUGUGGGGCAUCAUCCGCUACAUUGGAAUGCUCACAGAGAGUUAUGUACGACCUCCCACAGGGACGUUCUUUGGGAUUGAACUGCAGGGAGAAGACAGGAGGAAAGGAUAUUCUGAUGGAAGCCACAAUUCUAGAACUUUUUUCUCAUGUGAGAGAAAAUGUGGCGUUUUUGCCCCAUUCUCCAGAGUCCGGCCUGUGGUUCCCAGCUCCUUGACGCCCUCCACCCCCGAGCAGACCCUUGAGCUGCAAACAGAAGAGCUAAUCCCAGGAGACAGAGUCACUUACUUUAUCAACAACCAACUUCGCCAUGGAAUGGUGGUGAAUGUGCAUGAAGAGCACGGACAACCAUUUGUUCAAAUAUCCACUGACAGAGAUGAGAAUGGAAAGACCGGGGGUGAAGUUAAAGUUCUGCUAGAGCAAGUGUCAAAGGGAGAAGUGCCUGCAGGUUUGAACCCAGAGAGCAUGGAUAUUGACAAACCGCCGGUAGAACCAGGCACCGAUGAUCUGCACAUGGAUCUGAGUGUGAACUCUCUGGUCGAGGUGACCUUGGCUGCAGGAAAUUCAUGUGGAAUCAUCCGCUGGAUCGGCACUGUGACCGAUGGAGGGCCAGUCAUGGCUGGACUGGAGCUGGACGAAGACUGUGGAGUGAGUGACGGUACCUUUAAAAAUCAGCGCUUCUUCUAUUGUCCUCCUAAGAGAGGUCUGUUUGUGAAGCUGAGGUCCCUCCGUCCUGACUCGCGCUUUCAGAGCUUAUCGACCAAUCACAGCGAGAAGAUGCCAAAUCAGGAAGACGCAGAGAGUGAUACAGAGCACAACACAGGCAGGCUGGAGACUGUUCCUCCCAUCAGCACUGAGCAGGUCAAUCAGAUUCUGGUUGGACGAAUGAAGGGGAUCCAAGGCCACUGUAACUCCUGCUACAUGGAUGCUGCCCUCUUCAGUUUGUUUUCCUGCUCCUCUGUGUUGGACUCCAUGCUGUUUAAAUCAACAGCACCUCAAGAAGCCCCAAUUCAGAAGACACUGCUCCACAACAUUGUCAACCCCCUGCGCAGUAAGGGUUUUGUGAAAGGGCACCACGUCAUGAAGCUCCGGCAGCAGCUACAGAGACACGGCUACAGUCACUCCUUCACCACAGAGGAGAAGGACCCAGAGGAAUUCCUCACUGUCAUCAUGCACCACAUUCUCGCCCUGGACCCUCUACUCAAGCUCUCAGCUGGUGGCAAAGUGCAGGAGAGUUACUGCUAUCAGAUCUUCCUGGACCAGAACCACAGCCUGGUUCUGCCCACAGUCCAGCAGCUGCUGGAACAUUCCUUCCACGGUGCAGGACUCAAGCUGGCAGAGGUGCCCUCCUGCCUCAUCCUCCAGAUGCCUCGCUUUGGGAAGAAAUUCAAAAUGUUUGACAAGAUCAUUCCCUCUCUGGAGCUGGAUAUCACUGACCUCCUCUCUGAAGGUCCUCAGCAGUGCAUAGUGUGUGGAAACCUGGCUGAGAAAGAGUGCAGCGACUGUUUUAAAGAUUCUGUUUUCAACCAAACAGGAUUCAAAGUCUUCUGCGAGAAGUGCUCAUCUCAGGUGCACUCUCACCCCCAGCGCCGGUCCCAUCACCCAGCUGCUCUAGAAAUCCCAAUAGGUUACCUGGGUCGCAGCAACCCUCACGCCCUGACCAGAGACAAACUGGAGCUGUUUGCUGUGCUCUGCAUUGAGACGAGCCACUACGUGUCCUUCAUAAAAUACGGACCAAAGAGCGAAGACUGGAUCUUCUUUGACAGCAUGGCUGACAGACAAGGAGGGAUAGAUGGCUUCAACAUCCCUGAGGUGCACACCUGCCCUGAGGUUGGCAUGUACCUGGAAAUGUCCCCCGCGGAGCUGGCCACUCAGGUACCACGAGACAUGAAAGGUGUGGCCAAACGUCUCUUCUGUGAUGCCUACAUGUACCUGUACCAGAGCACCAGCAUGUGCCUCUAUCGCUGAGGGAGCACUUAGUUUACUCCUCACACACUUUGUCAAUAAGAAAGAAGGCUUUUGUUAUUCAUGUAAUUUCCUCUUAUGAAUGUGUGAAUAUAUACACUUAAACAUGGGUAUAUAUAAUCGUUUGCUCUGCUACUGGGAAAGAAUUAUCAGGCUGGAAUAAUUUAUAGCAAUAUAGUUUUACUUCUGUGGUAUUGAUGAGUAAAGACGUACCAACUGAUGUACCAACUGACAUGUCUUGCUCAGUAAUUUUGCACUAUAAUUACAAGAAAUUGACAACCACAGACCUCCAGUACAUGUUGACAGGUAAAUGACAUGUUGCACUGCGCUACUGGGGUUUUGUACUUCACUGUUUCCUCUUGGUGGUUGAUAAUCUUUAAAGGUUGUUACAAUGUUUAUAGUGAGUGAAUGGAUACUGCAGUACUGCAGUAAAAAUACAAUGCUAAUUUGCUCAAAAGGUGCACCAUUGACCAUUGUACCUUAGUGUUCAGUGCCUAAUGAGGGUUGAGGAUGUUACUUUAUACAUUUGCUUCAUUUCUCUGGAGUGUUCUUUGGAAUAUUUGAUAAUUGAGUCUCACCUCAGGAAAUAUGUUGCUUUAAAAAUGCUCUUUUGGAUCUAUCAGCAUCUUAACCAGUGUGAUCUGAGGGAUAUCAGGACAUUGUUUGGCAAUGCAGGGAAAACUGCACUAUGUCUGGCUGCUGGCUGAACGUGUACCUUUUUCACAGUGUGUGUUUGUUGCUACAGUUCUGCUAUAAAGCACAAUUAAUGCAAUAAAUAAACAUAUAAGACAUGCUUGAAUGCAUUACAUGAGAUUUUACUUAAACAGCAGGAGGUGGCUAUUUUUGGCACCAGAUUCAUGUAGGGAAUUCAAGAAGUCAAAAACAAAAAGCUAUUUUUGAUAGUUUUGCUUUAUUGUUUAAUUACACUUUCAAAGUGACCUUUGCUUUUAGAUUCAGUUUGCAUUCAGCUGUGUCCAUUUAUAACCAGGGACAUACUUGAACUCAGUUAUUUCCAGAAGCCACUGCCUAUGCUAGAUGUGGCAUCUAUAGAUCACUGCUUUUUUUAAAGAUGCCGAAGUGCGUAAGUACUCUUAGUCAUUGCUGUUGAUUUGGUUUUUUUACUUGCAUGUGGAGUCAACAAACACUAUGUUCACAUUACAUGCUGAAGUGGCCCAGAUCCGAUUUUAUUCUUUUCCCCACCUCCAUGACUUAGAUCUGACCUUUUUACAGAUGCCAAACCAAA